UUUGAGGUAGUUUCAAGGCUUCAAGUUCAAUCUCAGAUACUUGAGAGAGGCCUAAGCAUCAGGAGUUUUGAGUGCAAAUCCUUGGAGUGGAAUCACAACUGUAAAGCUAAACAAACAAUUCAUGGAAAAAGCUUCACCUCUCUUUAAUUGGAAUCAUUUCGAAACAAUGUCACUGGCCACUCCUGUCGAUAAAUAGUUGGUGUAGGGGUAAGAACAUGAGAGAAGAAACCUAGCAUUUGAUAUUCCAUGGAGAAAACUACGUCCAAGUAGAGUGUAUGUCACAGAGAGAUGGCAGAGCCUGUUGUAUCAUUUUUGCUGACAAAAUUGGACCAACUUCUCACUGAAGAAGUUCAGCUCCUUUCAGGAGUGAGCAAUGAUGUUCGAUGGAUCAACGAUGAGCUCCGUAGCAUCAAAGCAUUCCUAAAUGAUGCUGAUAAUGUUAGAGAGACAAAUACAUCUGUGAAUGCUUGGGUCGAACAAGUACAAGAUGUUGCCUACGAUGCUGAGGAUGUCCUUGACACAUUCAUCAUUCAAAUUGCCAGGUUACAAAGGAGGAGAGGAUUCAUGUGCCGACCUUGUUCUUGUAUCAAGGAGCUAUACAUCAAGCACAAUGUUGCAACUAAGAUCAAGACUAUUAGAUCACGUGUUGAUGACAUUGCAAAUAGAAGAGAGAGACUUGACCUUCGAAUGAGAGAAGAAGGCAGCUCUUCAAGUGUCAGUGCUUCAACAAGUGCUUAUUUACAAGCGAUUUCUGAUUUGGUUGAGGAAGUCGACAUCGUUGGAGUAGAGAAUAAAGUAGAGUUAAUAGAAGGAUGGCUACAAGAGCCACAACUCCAGGUAAUCUCCAUAUAUGGUAUGGGAGGAUUAGGUAAAACCACUCUUGCCAAAAGAAUUUAUAAUGGUGAAAUUGUUAAGAACCAUUUUCAUUGCCGUGCUUGGGUUACUGUUUCACACUCUUCCACAGCGAAGAAAAUUUUAACAACUAUCCUAAGAGGGUUUCUCAAAGAUGAUAAGGAGACUUUCAAAGGUGCGGAAGAGAUGGAAGACAGGGAUUUACAUGAGAAACUCCACACAUGUGUAAGUGGUAAGAAAUAUAUUGUAGUAUUGGAUGAUGUAUGGGAUGAAGAUGCAUGGAAAGUGGUUCAUAGUUCGCUUCCAAAUGUACAGAAUGAAGGGCGUUUUAUUAUUACAACCCGUAAAGGAGAUAUUGCUUUUCCAAUUCAUGUAAUGAGCAGAGUGUACAGGCUUGGACGACUAUCAGAAUAUGAUGCAUGGUCUCUAUUCUGCAAGAAGGCAUUUUGGAUGGAAGAUGGGCAAGCCUGUCCCUCAGAAUUGGAGAGGGAAGCACGACUCAUAGUUCAGGAAUGUGAUGGACUUCCCUUGGCGAUUGUCGUCAUUGGUGGUAUGAUGUCUAAGCAACCUCGGACAAUAUCUAGUUGGGUGAAUGCUUACCGUAGUCUUGGAUGGGAGUUGAGCAACCAUGAAGGGUUGAGAGCCGUUCUAGCGCUAAGUUACAAAGAUCUGCCACCUUUCUUGAGGCAUUGUUUCUUGUACUGCUGUUUAUUUCCGGAGGAUUAUGAGAUUCCUCGAUCGAAACUGAUUAGGCUAUGGGUUUCAGAGGGAUUCAUAGAAAGAAGGCAGGGCAUGAAAGAAGAGGAGGUAGCCGGAAUUUAUUUUAGAGAACUAUUGGAUAGGAGUUUGAUUCAUGUCGAAGAAAUUGGUGAAACUGGGCAAGUCAAACUGUGUCGAGUACAUGAUGUGGUGCGGAAGCUAGGUCACUCUUUGUUUGAGAAAGAGAAUUUUGGGGCAUAUAGUGUUGCCACAAGUAGUAAACUCGGCGAUAGAUGUCGACGUGUCUCGGUCCAAAAUGCUGAGCCAUGUGUGCCUAUAGAAGCGAAAAUGUCUCAUCUUCGAACAUUUUUCAUGUUUGGUAUAAGAGCCUCAUCACCUUCAUAUUUGUCUGACUUGUUUUCUAAAUCUAGAUAUAUGAGGGUGUUGGACCUAGAAGGCAUCUAUAUUGAGCAUUUGCCAGAUGAAAUAGGAUACCUCAUUCAUCUAAGGUACAUUGGGCUGCGAUAUACUGGUAUUAAAGAAGUUCCGAGGUCUUUGGCGAAAUUAAGAAGUUUGCAAACUCUAGACUUGGAAGGAUUCCACGGAGAAUUGCCUAGUGGAAUAUCAGAAGUCGAUACUCUGAUAUAUUUGAGUGCAUCUCACAAGUUAUUUCGAAAUGGCUUAAGAGUUCCAAAUGAAAUCAUCAGGUUGACAAACCUCCAGAUACUGAAAUUCAUACGAGCUGAUUCAAAUAUUGCGAAGGACUUGGGGAACUUAACAUUGCUUACAAAAUUAUAUGUUCAGCUACAGAGCAGUGAAGAUGGAGAGAAAUUGUGUGAAUCCAUUAAAAGGAUGCAGUCACUCCGGAAGUUACAUGUUUCAUCGUUAGGCAUCCACUCCCUUCUACAGAUCGAAACCCUGGAACCUCCCCACGACACUCUGCAAAAGCUACGUCUAGGAGGGCCUCUAGCUGGUGGGAAGCUCCCCAAUUGCAUUGCAUCUCUCCUCUGCCUCAUGCGAUUAACCUUAUACCAGACCAAACUCAGCCAAGACCCAUUUGUGAUCCUUCAAACAUUGCCCAACCUCACCUUUAUCAGUCUACAUACGGAAUCAUACGUUGGCAGGAGUAUAGCCAAAUGCAGUGCAGGUGGCUUUCCUAAACUUUAUGGUCUCCAACUCGGACAUCUGAAUGAACUGGAAGAGUGGGAGGAGGUUGAGAAGGGAGGCAUGCCAUUCCUCUUUUCCCUACAAAUCAAGGAUUGCAAGAACUUGAGGAGCUUGCCUCAUGGCUUCCAGCACCUUACUACCCUUAAAUUCUUGGAUAUUGUUGACAUGUCUCCGGAGUUUUUGGAGCAGCUGCAAUAUCCAGGCAAAGACUAUGACAAAGUCAGACACAUCCCGUUUAUUUGGAUUCGGAAACAAUAAGGUCUUUGACCAAUUUGUGUAGGAGAGCUGCUGCCCAUAAACUCAAUGAGCUCGUGCACGCAGUAGAUUCAUUUAUUGAUGAAAGGACAGCAUUGCAUUUGUGCCUCUUGAAUGAAAAUUGUGUUUGUCUCGGUUGUGUGCCAAUUGUCGCACAGGGUAGUAGUUUUUUGUGUUUCUGUUUCUCCUUUAUGUUUGUUGUCAAGAUCUUCCAUUGAGGGACUCGAUCUUUUUGUGUUGGCUACGUUUGUGGACCAUGAAUGCAGUGUUUAUUGGGAUUGAUACU